AUGGAGCCUAAGAUCCUAUACAUUAUGAUCGAUGGACUCGCCGAUGUUUCAAAUGCGUCAAUUAACAACAAAACCUAUCUUCAAUACUCAAAAAAGCCUACUUUAGACAAUUUGGCAAAUGCUGGUUUAACUGGACUUAUAGAUCCUGUGGAGACUGGCUUAGCUUGUGGUAGCGAUGUUGCUCACAUGUCUAUUUUUGGCUAUGAGCCUUUUAAAAAUUAUCAAGGAAGAGGGUCAUUUGAAACAUUAGGAGCUGGGCUAGAUCUUGGGUAUGACGAUAUUGCUUUCAAAUGCAACUUUGCUACUUUGGAUCCUGAAAGUGGAUUAGUUACAAGAAGAAGAGUAUAAAUGGAUAGGCUAAUUAAGUAAAAAAUUUAUUAGAAUUAUGGUAAACUGUAAUAAUUUAUAUAAGCUUCCUUAUUAAUACUGUAUGGUAUAUCAAGACAAUUUUAUAAAUGGGGUUUGGAUUUAUGCCGAUACUUAGACGAUCGAGAAAUUCCUGGUUAUCCCGGAUACAAAAUUAAUGUCUUGCAUGCUACUGAGCAUAGAUGUGGCCUGAAAAUCGUAGGUCAAAAUCUAUCUCACCAAAUCGAAGGAACUGACCCAUUAAAGGACAAUUUACCCUUAAGAGAAGCAAAAGCAUUACUCUCACACAGUUUAUUUAUCAAAUUUUUAGCAAUAAAUUAAAAUUCAAAAAGAUUGUGUUCAAUUUAUAUUUUUUUUAAUUUUUAUUAAUAUAAUUUUUUUUAAAAAAAAAUUAAGCCCCCUUUAAUUUGAGCAGGGAUUUUUGUUCCAAUUUAAAUGGGGGGGCAUUGAAAAAAUUUAAUAUUAUUUUAUUAAAAGCUAAAUAGAUUGAGCAACCUUAUGGAUUGCUUAAGCCUUCAACUUACCAUCCAAGUGGGGAAGCUAUUCCCGAUUAAUAACAACAAAAAAAUUUUUGCUAUUAAAUGGGGAUAGAGUUAGAUCCCAAUGACAGAAACGCAGUGAAUUCCGCAAAUAUUGUAAAUGCUUUAAGUCAUUGGAUCUAUGAAGAACUAUCAAAGCACCCAAUUAACCAAGAAAGAGUAAGAGAACACAAGCCUCCAGCAAAUAUCCUGCUUCUAAGAGGAUGCGGAGUCAAAUUAAGAGUCCCUACAUUCAGAAAUAAGCAUAACCUAAAAUCAUUUUUUAUCGCACCAACAGCUAUUAUUAAAGGCCUAGCUAUGACUCUCGGAGCUGACGUAAUUAAUGUACCAGGAACAACUGGGGAUAUACAUAGCAAUUUUCAAGCGAAAUUCGACAGAGCUAUUGAGCUAUUUAGAGAAGAUUACGAGUUUGGCUUUGUCCACAUAAAAGCAAUUGAUGAUUUAGGACAUGAUAAAAAUCUUGAUGAUAGGAUCACUAUGAUAGAAAACAUUGACAAAAUCAUUGGUGGCACCUUAAAAACCUUACUCCCCCCCAUCCUUGAUCGAACGAUUGACUGUAAAAAUUCUUAAAAAUUGGGGAAAAUUAACCCCAUCCUUGAUCGAACGAUUUUCAUAUCAUGCAAAUUUUUAUAUAUAAAAAUAUAUUAGUUAUCAAAAGCUUGGGAAGAUGUGCCUAAUGAAGUUGUUUUCAGAUACUUUGAGACGGCAGAAAGCUUCGGAAUUAACAAUCCGAAGUGAUUCAGUCAUCAACCUAGGCUUAAAAACUCGAUAAUCUAAUAAAAUAGAGAUUCUUUAAAAUUUUAAAAAAAAUAAAUUUAAUUUAAUAAGGAGCAAAUUAAAAUUUAUAAAGUUUAAAGGGGUAACUAAUAAAUCAAAAUAUUAAAAAUUGGUAUUUUUAUGAAAUUAAUUCAAUUUUUUGCUGUAAAAAUAAUUAUUAAAUACUUUUAACACUCUUAUUUAAAAGUAAAUAAAAAAAUAUAUAUAUUUUUUUUUUUUAUAUAUAAAAUUUUUUUCCAAAAAAAUUUUUUUUAACCCCCAUCCUUGAUCGAACGACGGCGAGUCGUUCGAUCAAGGAUGGGGGGGGAGUUGGAGAAACUUAUAGUGAUAUGAUAGUUGUAGUUGGCGGAGACCACACCACAAAUAUACAUAUUGGAGAUCAUAGCUUUGAGCCAGUUCCUUUUAUAGUAACAAGGCUGGAGAUUUAUAAAGCUCUAACAAAUGGAGAAGAUAUCAGCAGAGAAGCAUUAAGAGACAAUGUCCAGGCUUUUAAUGAAAUUGAUUGUGCGAAAGGAGUACUUGGGAGGUUUCCAGGAAGCGAAGUUAUGGAAUUUUUGAAAAAUUUAAGACAGAGAAUUAAACAGAUUAAUAGUAGUUAA